AGCAAAAAGGUAAUAACAAAACGAUCUUGCAACCAAAUAUACAUAGCUUAGCUAGGCGGCGCAAACUCUCGUUUUAGGGCAAACCUUCCGCGCUUCUUCGAUUCUUUCUAUCCCAACAAGAAUUUCUCAACCUCAUCGCUCUCUCUUUUAUCAUGUCUCAGACUGAUAGCAGAAAUUCUUCAGCAGCUAAACGUGCUCGAACAGACGGUAGUCGUCGUGAAGAUGAUUGGACCUGUCCAAGUUGCGGGAAUGUUAAUUUCUCAUUCAGAACUACUUGCAAUAUGCGUAACUGUACACAGUCCAGACCAGCUGAUCACAACAGCGCGAAAUCUGCUGCAAAGCCUCUUCAAGCUCCUUCAAGUUACUCUUCAGCAUCUGCAUAUCUAGGAUCUGGUGCCCCCUCAUCAAUGUACCUCAAUAUGCAACCAUAUGGAUCAUCUGUGUUCAACGGACCAUCUAUUCCGCCUUAUGACGUUCCCUUCUCUGGAAGCUCAGCAUAUCAUUAUGAGUAUGGCAACCGCCUUUCUGGCGGAAGCCCUUAUCCACCGAUGCAUUUGUCUGGUGGACCUUCACCAUAUUCCAGUGGAUCUAUGAUGGGACAAGGUGGGAUGUCAGGUGGGAUGUACCCAAUGCCCCCCAUAAUGGAUAGAUUUGGUUUGGGUUUGCCAAUGGGUCAUACUACUAUGGGUUCAAGACCAGGGCUAUUUCAAGACGAAAAUCCUCCAAGAAAGUCAGCCGACUCGACACGCGACAGUGACUGGACCUGUCCAAAUUGCGGAAAUAUUAAUUUCUCUUUUCGAACAGUUUGCAACAUGAGAAAGUGCAGUACCCCUAAACCGGGAUCACAGCCUUCUAAGUCAGACAAAAACUCCAAGCAAAAAAUGCCAGAAGGGAGCUGGAAAUGUGGGAAAUGUAACAACAUAAACUACCCGUUUAGAGCCAAGUGCAAUAGACAGAACUGUGGGGCUGAGAAGCCUUCUGAGUCGAACAACUCCCCUGUGGCACACGCAUCUGAGGAGGAUGAUCAGUGAGUACUAGAACCUCUUUUGAGGUUUGAGAAGGUCCAGAGUCGUCGUUCAGCAUUGCUCAGUAUGGUGUCUGAAAGUCAGUCAUUGUCGUCGUCAUUCAGCGUUGCUCAGUAUGGUGUCUGAAAGUCAGUCAUUGUCGUCGUCAUGUUGCAGCGCUUGUCGUCUUGUUGCUUUGCCUUCUCGUUAUCUGUGUGUCAAUUUGUUAUUUAGCAACUAUAUCCUCGUAUGUUUACUAGUUUCCUGGAAAAGUGUGGGUAUGGUCUUUAUGAUUCUUGUUUUUUGUUGGACUUGGCUUGUUACUUAGCUAAAGUCCAAUCUGCUGACAUUUUAUUUGGUUAAACAAGUUCGUGUAGUUUGGUUUCUGGGUUUUACUUUCAGGAAGGUACUGUAUGUGGAAACUACGUUUUUCGACUAUUAAUUGGUUUGGUAUGCUUCCUUGUCUAGAAAGCAUUUGUGGUUA